AUGGACAGCGUCCCCUCUCCUCAGUCUUUCAUCUUCUCGGACGACUACAUCUGUCAGUGGGACUCAUGUCUCAAGAACUUUGACGACGCCGAGAUGCUCUACGAGCACUUGAGGGACGACCAUGUCGGCCGCAAGGCUCACCACAACCUGUGCUUGACCUGUCGCUGGGACAAGUGCUCUGUGCCCACGUUUGCAAAGCGAGACCAUAUCACCUCCCACUUGCGAGUCCACGUUGCCUCCAAGCCCUACCACUGCGACAUUUGCAGAAAGGGCUUUAAGCGACCCCAAGAUCUCAAGAAGCAUGAAAAGACCCACCAGGACGGAGACGGUGUCGUCCCCUCGCUGGGUAUGCCCGCACACCUCCAGCCAAACAAUGACCAAAACUACCAACCCCUCACUCCUCCCUCCUAUCUCGAUCGAUCACCCUCAAUCGCAUCCUCAACCCUCUCUGCUCAAUCGCCCUAUUCUAUGCCCCUCUCGCCCGCAAGUAUGGCCGACUCGAACGAGCACUGGGCCAAUCCUGGCCACUCUUCGCCUUUCCCACACUCCGAUCUCUUCAGUACGCCUGAUUUAGUCGACAGCAGCAACCAACAGUUUGCAAGACCAACCGUCGACGUUUCUGGAGCGUACUACGGCGCCUUCCCCAACCAUGGCUAUGAGAACAUGAUUUCCCCCGUCAGCGCUAAGCGCUCGCGCGAUGGUUUUGACGAGGUCCUAUCCGACACUCUCGGAUCCUUUGCCCUAGAGGCAAAGAAGAAGCGUCUGGAUCCUUCCUACAAUGAAGAUAUGAUGGGGCGUUUGAAUGCGCUUUCGGCCAUCUUGGAAGUUAACCCCUUGACCCCCGACCGCCUGCUCACCUCCUUGCCCGAUGUGAACGACUGGAGCCAAUUCAACCAAUUCAACCAGUUCUGCUCGACAUUGUUCGAGGAUGUCAGUGGAGAGGUCUUCCAGCCUCAGACCUUCGAAACCUUGUUCCCUGAGCAAAAGCAGAAUCCGAUUGCUCUGGAUGCCAGCUUUUCAGGAGUCGUCCCCAACUACAACUCUGGACUCAGUAACAACGACAACAUGAACUAUAACAACGGCGGCAAUCUCAACGGGGCCGGAUAUCCCAGCUCUUCUGUUUCUUCUACUGGAGAGUCGAUUUAUAGCAACCUUCUCCCCGAAGAUCCAUUCGUUGUUGGUGCUACGGUUCCUUCUGUGCCAUACGGAACUGCAGGUUUGCCUUGGGAGAUCCCGGCGUCUGGACAAGUCUCAAGACCUGGAGUUGUUAAAGCCAUGCCAUUCCAGAACAGCAUCCAGCAGGCCACCAAUCCCUACCAGGCCCACACCCACACCAUGAACAAUGUCAGGAACAGCAACAUCUCUCCUAGAGGCAACAACAUCUCUCCUACCAUCAAGACCGAGAACGAGGAGACAUUUGUGCCCACGGUUGUUGUCAAGGUUGAGCGCACCUAUGCCGACAUGAGCACUCAGACCAAGGCCAAGCAGGAGAAGCUCGCUGCGGAAGCGGGCGGUAUGAUGAUGAUGGUGAAGCCACAGGCGGAGAAGAAGACACCACGCUCAGCUUACGCGGGCAUGGAUCCUGAACUGAUGAUGCUCAACGCACCGGCUGUUCCAAACGCACCCUUGCCAGAGAUUGAGACCGAAGAUGUUGACGAUGAACAGAUUCAGGAUCAGGACCAGGAAGCUACCGCACAGUCAGAGGAGAACGAUUUGGCCCAAUCUUCGGCAACACCCAACUCGUCGAGCAAGUUUGGAGGAUUGAUUCAAAAGGCCAAGGCUAGACAGGCUGCUGCGGCUGCUGCUGCGGCUGCUGCAUCGGAGCCUUUGGAUCCAUUGGACGCUAUGACUCGUCAGUUGGCACAAACUCACUUGGAGGAGCCACAAGGCAAGGUCAUCUCCCACCCCCCAACGACCAAGCCAGUGACGGAGGGCGACAUGGACAGACAAAUUAGGGCUGCCAAGGCACGCGCUCUGUGCUCGGAGGAUCCCAUCCGCAAGCAGCACGCCGAGGUCGUUCUUGGAUUGUUGAAGAGCAUUGACGCCCUUAUGGCUGACCACCGCCAGAAGGUUGCCGAAUGGACAGCACAGCAGCAAAAGCAACAGGCAGGAGCUGCACACCGUGCUCCCGCAUCCGCGCCAGCAGCCAAUGGUUACCCCAGACCCGUAGGCGCACAUGUACAGAACAAGGGACAGAUUCGCACAGUUUCAUCCUAUCUUCCUCGCCGCACACCCCACCAGCCCUCGCCUCUGCAUCAGGACCAGACAUUGUCCGACCCCGAUUAUGGCCAGCUUCGCUCGAGCCUGAACAGCAACAGCAACAGCAACAGCAGCAGCAGUAACGACUACAGCUCGAGCAACGGUCACUUUGCAGCAGAUUCUGCCGUACUCUAUCCUACAUCGAACUUGCAGGUGCCAGUGCAAGUCGACGACGAACCGUUUGAGCUUUCUGAGGAGGAGAGACGGUUUAUUGAGGAGGACAAUGCUAAAACGGCAGCAGAAAAGGCAGCGGCUUCUGGCCACUCAUACAUCUAUGCAUAA